AUGGCAACUGCUGGACGAAGCGCUGGCACAGCUGUCAUCGAGAACAUUGCGCCUUGGGAUUGGGUCCAGACCACCACGGGCUGGGCGAGAUGGGCAGACUUUUGUCGCGGAGGAGGUGGCCAAAGUGAAUUGUUGCUCGGCUUGCAGGAGCUCCUGGUGAAGGUCAAGCGGCAAGAAUCGCGUGACGCCAAGGGCAAGGCAAAGGGCAAGGGCAAGAAGAACAAGGAAACGAACGAUUCCUCGACUACGACUUCGAGCGAGGGGGCAAACAAGAAGGGCAAAGGCCAGGGCAGCAACAUCAGCAACGACGCGGACUUGCUGCAGGCGCUGGAGCACAUCGUGAAGGAGGCAAGGAAGGACCCGAGCACGUUGUUAGAUAAUGUGCAAGCUGUUGUGCAAAGGGCUGUCGCUGGCUACGGGCAGGGGCGGGCAGCUCGUCGCAUGAGAGCUAAGCUUCAUAGUCAGGGCAACGAGCACGAAGGCGGAGGACAUGAGCAGAAUCCCAAAUCAGUGGCACCCGAUUUCUGUCGGCCGGUGGGGGAGGAGGCUCACGGAGACUCUUGGACGAUUGUCAGGUCCAAGAAACCAACCAAAGCCCCGGUUGAGCAGUGGACACUUGAUCCGCUGGUCGGAGGCGUCAUCGGCUAUGGCAUCGCGAAAAAGAGGUUGUCAGACGGAAUCGCCUUGUCUGCUCAUCUUGUGAUAGCGUGUGAACAGUCCGAGCUGGACUCUCUCCAGGCCCUGGCACGUACCCAUGAGCUGAAGGACAAAGUGGCGGUGAUUUGUCGUUUUACCCCUGACACCGACACCGAGGCCAAGACCGUCCAGCUGCCGUCCAUAGGGCCGCGCGGGCAAAAGCAAGUGAGAUCAUGGCCGAUUGUGCCACUAGGAGGCGGAGGAGGACCCGAGAUCAAACACAAAGCUGUCUUGAAAUCGAGCUUCACUGUACCAGACCGGCAGCUGAUUACUCUACGGAUUCAGGUGCCGAAGGAGUUCAAAGAUACUGAGGCUUGGGCGAGUUUCUGCAACAAGCCGAAUGAGCACACCAAGAACGCUUUAGGGCCAUUCCAUGCUUUCGGGACGUGGCAGAAACUGCAGGCGGGUGAACAUGGCCACCGCGAAAUGGUCCUCGAGUGCUACGGCAAGGUGGCCACGGCGGAUAAGAACGCGGUCUUAGCGAAAUCAGGUACAGACGGCAUCUUUGUGGCGGAGCUGGCCAAGGAUGCUGUGAAACCUGUGGUGGACUGGCUCCCGGCUGGUGAAACCGUAGGCCCUGCUUACCUUCACAUGGCCCAGCGUAAGGCUCUUUCUCUCAAGACGUCACUGGCCUAUCGUCGCGGCGGUGGCGCCUCGCUGGGACUAAGGGUCGCUCCGGAUCAGGUUGGCGAUCGCGCCUGCACAUGGAGGGCAAGGCACGUGCCGCGAGAUUGGGCUGAAGAGGACCUCAUUGGUGCUUUGAGUGCCGCCGGAUUCUCAGAGUGUGAAGUCCUCGCCCCUGGUCGUGCACAAGUACCGUGGCUUUUGCGAGCCAAGCUGAAAGGUGAUGGAGGGCAGCCUGCCCUAGCGAUUCAGGUUGGCAAGCACAUCGUGGACAUGGAGAGGGCGACCGCGAAGCGGAAGUUGGUGAACGUGGAGGCUACCAGACUGACUCCGGGCUCUACUCGAAAGGUGCUCUCGACUGCUCCGGGCACCAACAAGGCACCGGCAACUGGAACUACGUCAGGUGGAACUCCCGCCAACGGCAAAGGCAAGGGCCCAGCUAAAGGCAAUCAGCAAGGAAGCGAUGAUGGUAUCGAUCCCCGUGGAAGACCGGCUCAAGCUGACGGUGGAGCCCAGGCCAGGUCCAGAUCCCCGAAGGGACACACAGAAGAAUGGUUCGAAGUACGCGAGUGCGGCGGAUCUGGAAAUUGUUUUUACAAUGCGAUUGGGGCACAUUACGCAGCGUAUAGAGACAACUUCCAGUGGCCAGACGCGUGCAAACUUGCCAAGACGCGUGGGGCGACGCUUAAGGCGGAGAUCGCUGACUACAUCCGCGAGAAGCCGGACACCUUCAAAGCUUUUUGGCUUCCUCCCCCAGAGCCGGCAACCGAGACCGAGAAAGAGAACCUUGAGCAAAUGGAGGGCGGCACCCCGCCCCAAACCUGGGAUGAAUACUUGCAGGCACUUGAUCGCCCCGGCAGGUGGGCAGACGAUCUCGCUUUCCGAGCCACCACCAAGCGAAUGAACUGCCGCAUCAUCCUUGUCGUGGGGGACGUCCUUAAACCCUCGCAGGUGAUCGCUUAUGGCAAGCCCAUCCAGUUUAAGGACGACCGACAGCAGCAGGUGAUCCCGCUUCUCUACAAGGACAAGCAUUACCAGCUGAUCACGCCCAAGAGUGGGAAAAGUUUGCCUGAUGAAUGGUUGAACCUGCCGGCAGGAGGACACACUACGGUCGGCUACUUCGUCAGACAGGGCGCCUACGAGAUGGCUCCCGUCACGAUGUGGUUCACAGGCGGCGGGAAGUGCACGAACGGCAAAAAGAAGCCGAACGGCUUCAGAGAGCAAGGCCUGGCUUCCGCCGCUCCUCCCAACAUGGUGCUAGGCGGACCGCGACGCCACAAGCUGAAUGGCAAGCAAUCCAUUCCCGGAGCGAGCUCGUCUGGAAAGUCGUCUGCUGCCCUUGAACUCGGCGACCUACCAGAUGUGCCUGUGGAUUGUGCUUUGGCCGCCCUGCGCGCCGAGACGGCCAGUGAUCGCCUUUCGAUCCCUGCGGUCCUCGAUGAGAUUGUCAAGCUGGGCGGCAAGGUUGAGUCUUACCCAUGGCUCAACAAGUCAGUCGCCAAGGCGAGUCAUCAGAGAAGCAUGCGCUCUGCUUUGAAGCUCCUCAAGGAGGUCACCGAGAUCCAGCGCCACACGGGGCAUGAUUUCGCGCAGAUCCCGCGCAAGGUCUGUAUCAAAGAGCCGCGCGUACGUGGCUCUUGGGGAUGCAGAAAGUGCUGUGAGAUCCAUGCCCACCUCAGCACUCUACGCUUUGCGGCGGACAAUGGACACCUUGAGCCGUGCCGGGGACACGCAGACCGUCCUCAGCACCUGCGCAGUAAAGGUUUCAGAAAGGCUUGGGAGGUAAAGAUCAACCGGUCAGCCAUCAGCUCCGUCCUGAGCCUCACGAGGGAGGAGAAGGCCCUUCUGAGAACGCACGGCAACAAGCUCCAACAAAAGCUCGGGGCCCCUCGGCCGCGCACAGCUGUGAGGAAGCUGUUCCUUGCUGCCUCCAAGGACGUCCAGCAGAAACGAAGGGACAGAGCGGCGAGCUCCUCUCCGACGUCGCCUCCCUGCGUGCCGAGACCUGUUGCUGGGCAUACCAAGCAUCCGUACUGCACCGACAUCCCCAUGACCUUCGACGAGGAGACGGAGACAUGGACUUGGAAGUGCAGCCGCUGUGAGGUGGAGUUCCAUGGCAAGGAGGCACACAAACUCCAAGAUGAAGGACGGCGCCACGUCGCGAAGCAUCAUGCCCAGGUUGUCGUGAGCAGCCCGGUUUUCAAGCACAGGGGCAAGCUUUGCUGGCCAUGCACCGUCUGCAAAAGCAAGGUCACCGCAGACACCAAGGCAAGACUGAAGGACCGACGGCGAUGGCACAUCGAAAGCUAUCACCCCGACUGCGACGUGAGCCAGUUCCUCACCCUCGGAGGUAAGCCCGGAGGCUCCCAGAGGCCAGGGCCCAAGCGGGUCAAGGCUUUGCUAGACGCUGCGAAGGAGCGUCUCGUUGAGGAGAACAUCGAGCCGCACCCAGGACCAUCAAUACGUGGCGACGCAUCGAGACCAAGGCCCAAGCGAGUCAAGGCUUUGCUAGAUGCUGCGAAGGAGCGCCUUGUUGAGGAGAACAUUGAGCCGAACCCGGGACCAUCAGUACGUGGCGGCGC